AUGUACUCAAUCUUCACCAUCAUCAACCUUUCAUCAUGUGAGACAACAUUCAACCUCGAAUGCAAUUAUGAUGACCACAAACUAACCCCAACCAACAUAGAUGUCUAUAGAUGUGAAGCCACAAAUGAAAUUGUCCUGAAGGAACGAUACAUCAAGAAAGGAACUGCAACAGGCAAACUUGCACCUGGAAAGACUCUUGCUGACGUCACUGGACUUCAUGCUUAUUUCAAGACAAUCAAUUUUCUGCCAGAUUUUACAACUGUGUUCCCAAAUUUGAUUGGAUUAAGCCUUGACAUGUGUAAAGUGCUAAAACUCACAAAGGACGAAUUAAAGCCGUACCCAAAAAUUGUGCAUUUACAUUUGCAUGCCAAUAAGUUGCGUGUUUUAGAAAAAGACUUGUUCAUGUACAAUCCAGAUUUGAUCUACAUUCGAUUAUCGCACAACAUGCUGAGGGAAAUUGACCCGCAAGUCUUUGACAGCCUCAAAUCUCUAAAAUAUCUCUACUUUAAAGGCAACGAAUGCACACAGAAGGAUUGUGAAAGUCCAAAAGAGAUUGCAGAACUUGUCAAGACAUUGGAUGAUGAAUGUGUGAUUAAGUAUCGACCAGCACCGGUUUCAAGACCACGAGAGGAACGCAAAAGAGUUGUUAAGGAAAAGACGAGCAUUUGGAAGACUUUUGGGAUCACUUUUGGUACCUUUGGUGGAAUUGUUGUUGCUGUUGGCAUUUUUUAUCUCGUUCGAAAAUUGUUUUUGCAGUAA